CCUUGUCCCGGUCGUAUGGGACCUUUAAAGGCCCCCGCUUGCCCUGUCGAACGACCUCUUGUACACCUAUGUGAAUUCGUCUGCACACAAGACCUGUAAAAAAGAAGUGUGGAGCCGUAUCCCUCAAGCAGCAUGUCACCAACCGGCCUGGGACACGGCGAUGUGGAGAAGAACCCUGUCACGUCGGGAUCUUUUCUUCCAGAGGAUGGUCAUGCUGUCCCUGGAUACACGUUUGAAUAUGGGAACAGCACAUAUGCCAGGUUGCAACGACUUGCAGGCAAGUUGCACGUCGAACAGAGAGGUAUCGAAAGGGUUCCCGAAGAUGAGCGAAAUGACACCUCGUUAUUGAACGUUGGCACUAUGUGGCUAUCCUGCAAUAUGGUCGUCUCCUCAUUUGCUUUGGGCAUGCUUGCGCAGAAGCUGUUCUAUCUUGGCUUCGUUGACGCCGUUCUAACAUGCAUCUUCUUCAACCUUCUCGGCGUAGCACCAGUGUGUUACUUCUCGACCUUUGGUCCCAGGUUUGGCCUUCGACAGGUUGUCCUGUCCCGAUACUGGUUUGGCUGGUACGGCGUGAAAAUCAUUGCCUUCUUCAACAUGCUUGCAUGUAUUGGCUGGUCCAGCGUCAACUCCAUUGUCGGGGGCGAACUUAUUCAUGCUGUCAACAACGACGUCCCAGGUUAUGCCGGUAUCAUCAUUAUCGCCAUAUGUACGCUCAUCAUCACCUUCUUCGGCUACAAAGUCGUUCAUGCGUACGAAUACUGGUCCUGGAUACCUACAUUUAUUGUCUUCUUGAUCAUCCUCGGAACCUUCGCACACUCUGGAGACUUUGUCAACAUCCCCAUGGGAGUUGGUCUAUCAGAAAUUGGAUCUGUGCUUUCUUUCGGGUGUGUAAUCUAUGGAUUUGCAACAGGUUGGGCGUGUAUGGCUUCCGACUAUACAGUUUACCAGCCGGCGACUCAGUCCAGGCGCAAGAUCUUUGGAGCUGUCUGGCUAGGACUCAUGUUCCCUUUGCUCUUCACCCAGAUCCUAGGCAUCGCGAUCAUGACCGCAACUACGAUCAACGACGGCGAUAACAGGUACAUGCAGGGAUAUGAGUCCGCCAAAGUAGGAGGGCUGCUUGCUGCCGUGCUCUUCCCUCCGCUUGGCGGCUUUGGCAAAUUCUGUCUUGUCAUUCUGGCGCUGAGCACGAUUGCGAACAAUUGUCCCAAUGUCUACUCUGUCGGUUUGACCUUGCAGGUUUUGGGUAGAUGGACUCAAAGAAUUCCCCGCUAUGUUCUGACGACGAUCGGCACGGCGGCUUACAUUGCGAUCGCGAUCCCCGCGUAUACGGAAUUUGAAGAAGUGCUUGAGAACUUUAUGAACUUCAUUGGGUAUUGGCUCGCCAUCUAUGAAGGCAUUGCAUUCUCCGAUCAUUUCCUGUAUAAGCGCUCCAUGUCAGCUUAUGACCCAUCGUUAUACGACCAGCCAAGCAAGCUACCCCCAGGGAUUGCUGCAAUCUUUGCGUUCUGUUGCGGAAUUGUGGGCAUGGUAAUGGGUAUGUCGCAGGUUUGGUUCGUGGGACCGAUUGCUUUGCAUGCAGGCGAGGCACCAUUCGGAGGCGAUGUUGGCUUUGAGUUGGGAUUCGCAUUUGCAUUUGUUGCAUAUACCAUCACGCGUCAUUUUGAACUGAAGUACUUUGGGCGAUAAUUGUCGCCUAAGCACUGUUGAGCAUGCAAGUAAUUUACACAAUGAGUUGCAAGAAGAGAGACUAAUAAUUGGUUUUCGUUGAUGCGACUGCAUCGUUGACUAGAGGCAUACCGACGAUUCCAUGGUGGAAAACACAAACUCUCUCUCUUCUACCCUAGUUUGAAUAACCCAUGAAUUAUCAUUGAUAUCCAAG